AACUGGAGACCAUCUUUGAGUGACUUUGGCAGCACAUCGUCUUUCUCGCUCCAGUCAGCUGCAGGGUCCAGAUCUUGGAAUCCGGAGAUCGUUUUUCAAAGUUGUCUUUUUUCAGACAUAGUCUUGCUACCUACCCCAGCCUGGCCCGGAACUCGUGAUCAGGUGCUCAUGCAGGUCUCUGAACUCGCUGCAGUCCUCCUGCGUGUAGGAACUACGGGUGUGCACCUGUGUAGAGGGCUGGGGCUCGCGGUGCAGCUGUGCUACGGGGAGAGGAUGCAGGUGGGGGGACUCGUCUGAUAAAGGGUCUCUCUGCGGGGAUGCGGCUGAGGACAGGGAAAAGGAGCGAUGGGGGUGGUGGACAUGAGACUGGGCGGGGUGUCCCCCGUCCAGGCUCCACAGCAGCCCGAACACUCUGGGAGACAAAGCUACAGGGAGUCGCGGUGGGGCCUGCGGUCUCCAGCCCCAGGACCUGCGCGCACGCCACAGUCGGAAUCCAAGAUGGCGCCUCUCCCAGAACCCCGCCAGCCUGACCCGGAAGCGCGCGUGGCGACCCGGAAGUAGCCGCGCGAGUCGGCGCCGAGAAGCCACCGCCCCCUGGUAGCUUGCUUCAGUCCAGCCUGUGGUCCGCGGUGGCUCUGACAGCCCCGAUGGUCCCGUGCUGGCUGCGGCAGGGUCGGAGGGAGGAUGACCUCUCCUCGGGGUCACAGUGCCGACCUGGCCCGCUUCUACACUGUCACCGAGCCCCAGCGACACCCCAGGGGCUACACGAUCUAUAAGGUCACCGCCCGGGUGGUUUCACGAAGAAAUCCAGAGGACGUCCAGGAGAUAAUUGUAUGGAAGAGGUAUAGUGACUUUAAGAAACUGCACAGAGAACUGUUGCAAAUUCACAGAAACUUAUUCCGACAUUCAGAAUUGUUUCCUCCAUUUGCUAAAGGAAUAGUGUUUGGGAGAUUUGACAAAACUGUUAUUGAAGAGAGAAGGCAGUGUGCUGAAGACUUGCUCCAGUUCUCCGCCAAUAUUCCUGCCCUGUACGACAGUAAGCAGCUCGAAGAGUUUUUCAAGGGAGGGUCAGUUAACGAUGGCUCUGACUUAAUCGGUCCUGCUGAAGCUUACCCUGAUUCCCUCCUGGACACCUUUCCUGAGUGCAGUAUAGAAGGCCUCUCGGGCGACAGCGAGCUCCUGUCCCUCACCGUUGAUGCGGAUUCUCUUGCCGACUUAGAUGAUGAAAUGGCUUCCCAUCAAAGUUCUCCCAGUAGAACUUUUGGUCUGAGUCUCUCUUCGGAUUCUUCGGCAGUUGGGGCUGCUGCUUCCGACAGUGAACCGAGCAAAACGGAAGAACGGGAAAGUCGUGGCCUCUUUCCCAGCAGUUUAAAACCUAGGCUUGGCAAGAAAGAUUACCUGGAAAAAGCAGGAGAAUUAAUAAAAUUGGCUUUAAAGAAAGAAGAGGAAGAUGACUAUGAAGCUGCUUCUGACUUCUACAGGAAAGGUGUGGAUCUGCUCCUGGAAGGGGUGCAAGGAGAGUCCAGCCCCACGCGCCGUGAGGCGGUGAAGAGGAGGACCGCGGAGUACCUGAUGCGCGCCGAAAGCGUCUCCAGCCUGCACAGGGAGCCUCAGCUCGACGAUGGGCCUCAGCCUCCAGGAUCACUAAGUUCAAGGCCCCCUUGGAACCUAAGGAGCCCUGCCGCGGAGCUGAAGGCCUUCAGAGUCCUUGGGGUGAUUGACAAGGUUUUGCUUGUAAUGGACACACGAACAGAACAGACAUUCAUUUUAAAAGGUCUAAGGAAAAGCAGCGAGUACAGCAGGGACAGAAAGACCAUCAUCCCCCGCUGCGUGCCCAACAUGGUGGGCCUGCACAAGUACAUCGUCUCGGAGGAGUCAGUGUUCCUCGUGCUGCAGCAUGCAGAAGGUGGCAAACUCUGGUCAUAUAUCAGUAAAUUUCUAAACAGAAGUUCCCAAGAAAGCUUUGACAUCAAGGAAACAAAAAAACCCACACCUAGUAAAGUUUACCUGCAGCAGCCAACUGGUAGUCCUCAGGACAGCAGCAGCUUUGAGUCCAGAGGAAGUGACGUGGGAAGCAUGCUCAGAGUCCUGCCUCUGAAGACCAGUCUCACCCCAAGUUCUCAAGAGGAAGACGAUGGCCUGGACAGCUCUCCCAGGUGGCCCGAUUCUGGCUCUAGUUCUGAAGAGGAGUGCACUACCAGUUACCUAACCUUGUGCAAUGAGUAUGGGCAGGACAAGAUCGACCCGGGCUCUCUGAAUGAGGAGUCUUUCAUGAAGCCGGAAGGGAGUGAUGGCAGUACUCCGAGUUUCCCAGCACCCCUUGCUGCAGAUGGUGCCAGCCCUAGCACACAGCUGAAGGUCUUCCCUGGAGACAAGGACCUAGAAGCAGUUUGUUCUCCACAGACGUCCGAUUCCCUCACACGGUCAAAAAACAGCCCUAUGGAGUUCUUUAGGAUAGACAGUAAGGACAGCACAAGUGAUCUCCUGGGACUUGAUUUUGGAGAAAAACUGCACAGUCUAAAAUCAGAACCUUUGAAACCAUUCUUCACCCUCGUGGAUGGAGACAGUCCUGGCCAGCACUUUAGUACCAAUGAAAGCAAGAUAGAAACCAAAGCUCAGGACACCAUCAGUGGGGGCUCCGAUGACUCUGUCCCCGUCAUUUCAUUCAGAGAUGCUGCUUUGGAGGAUGUUAGUGGUGUUGAUGAAGGAAGGCCAGAUCUUCUUGUAAAUCUACCUGGUGAACCAGAGCCAACCGAAGAGGCAUUAGCAAGAGGACCUGCUAAGUUUGCACAGACCAGUGCAGGCAGAAUGGAAAGUAAACUGUUGGGAGCCCCGGAUGUGCUGUGCCUGCGGCCGAGUCCCGAACAGUGCCAGGCCCCAAAGGAAGAAGGUGGGGAGCUGAGCGAUCCCACUCAGUUCCCACCCUGUGGUGUAACCCCAAAGCACAGUAUGCAGGUGGAUCUUGGGGUAUUAUUCACAGCGGCUAUUGACCAUGGUAGCCCGGGAGACCCAUCUUUGUUACCCAGCUCACAUCCUGAGUUUGAAGGACCUGGACAGGUGGAGGCAGCAGUAACUGCGCACGACACAGGAGGAAGCUUGUUCCAGAUUGCCAGUCCACCGUCAGGUGCUAAUGAACACAGAGCAAACACAGACGCUUGCAAAACGGAAGAAGUGCUGCUGUUCACAGACCAGGCGGGUGAUUUGUCUAAAGAGGAAUCAACCUCUUUAUUCCAGAGGGACACGGAGACUGAGGAGCAAAGUGGGUCAGCUCUAGGAGACAAGGAGAUCCAUCAGAUUUUCGAGGACCUUGAUAAAAAACUAGCACUGAGCUCCAGGUUUUUCAUCCCGGAGGGCUGUAUCCAAAGAUGGGCGGCUGAGAUGGUGGUAGCCCUCGAUGCCUUACAUAGAGAGGGGAUUGUGUGCCGCGAUUUGAACCCAAACAACAUCUUAUUGAAUGAUAGAGGACACAUUCAGCUAACGUAUUUUAGCAGGUGGAGUGAGGUUGAAGAUUCCUGUGACAGCGAUGCCGUAGCAAGAAUGUACUGUGCCCCAGAGGUUGGAGCAAUCACAGAAGAAACUGAAGCCUGUGAUUGGUGGAGCCUGGGCGCUGUCCUCUUUGAACUUCUCACUGGCAAGACUUUGGUGGAGUGCCAUCCUGCAGGAAUAAAUACUCACACUACUUUGAACAUGCCAGAAUUUGUUUCUGAAGAGGCUCGCUCACUCAUUCAACAGGGUCAGCAGGCCUUAACUCAUUUGGUGGCAACUGAUCUGAGAAGCCGGCAGCUGGAGGUGAUUCCCAGGUAGUGUGCACCGUCUUCGCUCCAGGUGUCUCCUCCGUUGCAGCCUGGACUUGGAGAAGGAGAAGGCAGUGCUGAGACUCCACACUUGCCUGAGCUGUUCAGCAGGGUGGAAGGUCCCUGCUGCCCAGGGUGCGGCAUCCCCUCUGCAGUGUGAAAGCCAGCUGUCCCUCAGCUCUGAUUGAAAGACGAUGACCCUCCUCCCUGUCAUCUCCCAGCGUCCCCAGCCCCUCCAUGGGGGGACGGGGUAAUGACGUCCAAUUUCGUGCACUUCAGAUCCAUUAGUAGCAAUUACCUUUCCUGAGGUGUUUUGAGUUAGUUUUAACAUAGCAUUCUUACAGUUGGGGGAUAAUGACAGUAAUAACGUACACAACAUUUUCAAGUCACUGUUUUUAGCCGCAAUAACACCAUUAGUAGGUCUAUUUAACAGACGCAUUUCAUGCUAAAAGUUAAGGUGUUCCUGAUUCCCUCCCUCCAUCCAGAAACCCCCUUCACCGCUGUUUUAUUCAAUGGAGUUUUUUUUUCUUUUUAACUCCAAAGUUUCAGAGAGAAUUUUUUCCCUUUUCUGAGUCUUCCUAUCCAAACAGGAGGAGAAUGUAAUCUGUUUGACUUGGCAUUAUUAAUUGUCUAACUGCUCUCAUUUAGACGUUGCUUUCAUGACGUGAAAGGCAACUACAGAAUCCGAGCCCAUCAAAAUGGAAAAUGCUUGUGUUUUACAAAAACACAUUUGUGGUGUCUAAGAGAGAUCUGCAGCCUGUCCAGGUGCCUUCAAGGCAGAUUGACCAUGUCUGAGCUUCCUGUGGAGAAAGCUAUCAAAAGAGCGUGCAUCUCCUCUAGUCAGCUGAGCUGAAUGUGUUUUUAAAUGAAUAAUCCAGAAUAAUAUUGGUUUUUCUUGUGCUUUCUCUCCACUUCCUUCGCGAAGCCAUAUCUGUCCACCCCAGAGACCAGAGACCUCCUCUCUCAGGCCCAGUGUCCCUCUUUGGAUGCUUCCCACCAUCGUUCUUCUGCCCUGCCUAGUGCUCCUGUAGUGCAGUGCACAGCUGUGUUGCGUGGGAUCUGCUUUGCACUAGGCAUUACGUGCCUCAUUCCUGGUGUGAGCGUGCUCACGGUGGCUGCCAGAGCACUACCAUGCAGGUGGCUGAGGACAGCAGACUUACCUUCGGUAGUGGAAGGUGCUAGCUGAGGUGUCUCCCCCUGAGAUGUGGGAGGAUUCUUUUGUCCUUACCCUAGCUUCUGGCGGCCCUGAUCCUUGACAGAGGUUGCUCCUCCCUGCUAGUUUACUCCCUCUGCCGGGGCCUCCUCCUGGGUUGCCUCUCUUCACAUGGCUCUUCCUUAUAAGCAGCCAUAGACUCAUUGGAUCAAGGGUGGACCCCAAGACAUCAUCUUCAUUUGACCAUGUCAAUAAAGACUGUAUUUUCAAAUCAGGUCACAUUCACAGGGAGCAGAAAUUAGAUACUAGCAUAUUUGGGGAGGGAUAACCCCCAAAUUUAACCCUGCUGCAGUAAACAGGAAAUCUCCGAAAUUCCAGCCAUGUGGGGAAACCUUGGCUUUGGACCAAGAAUCCUUAGGUUUUUCCUUUUAAAAAUUGUCCUGGGGCAAAUGCAUUAGUAGUACCCUGAUCAGGGACCUGAGACGCCUACAGCAUGUUUUCCCCUUUUUCCUUUCUCAUAUGUAUGUGUGUGGUGUGCAUGCUAGUUUAUAUGGUUGUUCACAUGUACGUGGGCACUUGUGUGUGCAGGUGCCCCCCCCUCCUGCAUGUGUAAGCCGGAGAUUGACAUUGGGAGCCUUUUUCAAUCACUUUCAACCUAUUCACUGAGGCAGGUUUCUCAGUUGAACCCAGAGCUCAUCGAGAAGGCUACUUCGGCUGGCUGCUUGCUCAGGGGAUCUCUUGUCUCCAUCUUCCCAGUUCUGGGAUCAUAGGCCAGCCUCUGUACCCAUCUGGAAUUUAAAUAAGUGCUGGGGUUCCAACUCUUAUGGUUACCCUUGUUCAGAGGGCACUUUAACCACCAACCAAUCUCCCUGGCCCCAUUUCUCUCUUUUUAAAAGUUUCAAAUUAAAAUUAUUUCAACUGAUACGUAAGAUCAUAAAAAUGAACAUAUUGGUGGGGCAAUAUGAUGCUUUGAUACAUGUAUGCAUUGUGUAAUGUUGAAAUCAAGUCCAAUAUAUCCAUCUCAAAUGGCUAU